AUGGGGAGAGCAGCCUCCACGCGCCGCCGCGCCAUCGGAGGCAGGCGGCGCGCGCACCACGUGAAGGUGAUCAGCCGCGACUACACCACCCACCAGUUGCAGAACAAUUGUCGCCAGCUGUUGAAUCACAAAAGUAGAUGCGACCACCAGCGCUACGACGAUCACCAGAACUACGAUUUCUACCAGAAUUGCCAGGACUACGGCUCCAUGUGCAACAACGCCACCGGGGACCACUGGCACAAGUCCAAGAAGGCCCACGAGGCCAAGAAGGCAGCGGAGUCCCAGAAGGAAGUUCUACGACGACAGGAGGAAGACGAAUGCCACGACAAGGACAACGAGAACGAUGUGGAACACGAGGAAAGCAGCGAGGAGGACAACGCCUAUUCCAACGAAGACAGGAGUAGCAGGGGGGCUCCGCUCGGGACCGCCGUGCGCGCCGCCGCCGCAAAGGAGAUAAACACCGCCGUCGUCGCCAAGAUCGGGAUUAUUCCUCAUCACGUUCCUGCAGCGGGAGCUCUCGGCAUUGUGGCCGCACCCCACUCCCAGCUCAGCGCCGUGGUGCAAGCGCUCCUUCUGAUGCUCGUGGUGGUCACCGUGGGCCUGGCGCUGCGGAGGCAGAUCCGCGUCUCACGCCAGCCAUGGCUCGGGACAUCGAGUUCGCGACGACCUUCCCCGAUGGCGAGCUGGGCGAACCUCACGCAGCCGACCCACCCCAAGGCCGCGCUGACCCUUGGCGCGCCGCUGCGAGCACCGCUGUGGGUCCUGCAGCUGCUGCCCGUGGCGCUGGUCAACUCGACCAUGGGCCAGGCGCACAACGACAUGCGCCACACGGUGGUGGGCCUCCUUCGGCCGCAGGCUGCUCGGCUGGACACUCACGAUUCUGAGCUUCGCCAGCUACAGGAGCGUGCUGCUACUCUGGGGGCUCGGCAGGGCGCUCUCCGCUCCGACAUAGAUGCGGUGCAGCGCUCGCUGGCCCAAGCUCGAGAUGACGAGGUUGGGGUUGUGGACCUCGCGCGGCUUGCCACGUAUGACAGACCCCCCGACCCCAGCAUCUUCAGGAUCGGCUGUGCCCAGCCGACGGCCGACACGAAGAUCAAGCAUGGCCUUGCGCAGUGGAUCCAGGACGCGGGCUUGUCAGCAGACCAAGAUUGGCUCCACGGCCAGUCGCUUGGCAAGAUGAUAUACCUGCAUCUUCAUGGCCAGUACUCGGGGAACGUCGCCGCGAGGUCCCAGGGCGGGGGCCGGGUCAGCAUCUGCGGCAUCGCGUCCCGCCCCGAGCUGAACGGGCAGCUGGGCGUGGUGUUGUCCUUCGACGGCGGGGCGGACCGGCGGUACAAGGUGAGCGUGCGGGGCACCGUAUUUGCCCUCCGCGAGAGCAAGCUCGAGGAGCCACGUCCGCGCCCCUGCAUGGCCGCGGCCGUGGAGCUGGUGGGGCUCGGCGCGCGGCUGGCCGAGGUCUGGCUGCUGCGCGGGCCGGCCUGCCCCGCGUGCCCAGCCUGCCCGACCCAGACCUGCACGCUCACGUGCAGUGGGCCGGCCACCUCCCACACCGAGCCCGCCGAGGUGCCCGCGCUUGCCGCCGGGCCGGGCUGGCUGGCGGUGUGGCUGGCCGCCGCGGUCGGGGCCGCGGGCGCGUGGGCACUCGGGCGCUUGCGGCUCUCCGCCAAGCCGCCCGCCGCCCGCGCCGAGCCGCCGGCCCCGCCGGCGCUGCUGCCGGCGCAGGUCCUCAUCGACUUCAUGAACGACGAGAACGGGCUGCGGUGGCACGCGAGGCUCCUCAUCAUCCAGACGCCCACGCCGGGGGUCUGGAUCGGGAGCACGCCCGACUUCUCGGUCCAGCGGAUCGACCUGAAUGUGCACCGGGUGAUCGCCCUCGCUCGUGGGCAGCCCUACCCGCCGGCGCAGUGGGCCGAGUCGUACGUCUUCGACAACCCCAUCGCCGACGCCGACCUGAGGCGGGUCCGACAGCAGGCGGCCGCCCUGGCGGCCGUGCUGGGCCAGGCCCCUCCCGCGGGCCCCGCCGCCCCGGGCGGCGUGGGGGUGUGGCGCGUCGCCGACCCCGCCGCCCGCAGCUUCGGCGACGAGGUGCCGGCCCAGAUCCUCACGGACCGUGCGACCUUCUUGACUCCCGAGGUCGCUGCCGACGAGGACUACCUGAGUGGCCUCGUCUUGAUUGACAACUGCUGGACCUUCUGCCAGCUCGUGCCCGACGAUGACCGUGCUGCCUGGGAGCGUGCGCUGGUGUCUGGCAAUCGGCGGGACGAUCGCGUGACAGGCGACGCCCGCGAGCCCAUCUCGGGCCGACGCUUCAUCUCCUUUGCCGACUCGUUCGGGCUGCAGCACGCUGCCGCCGAGCCGCCCUUCCCGCUGAGCGGCAGUCGGGUCACCCACGAGUUUGUGAAGACGCUCCGCGCGACUGGCAUGGAGUGGAUGUCUCACCACCUGGACUUCAUCCACAAGUCGGGCGUCUCGCCCAACAGCAACAUCACGCGCGCGCACCGGAGGCUCACAGAGGCGCUGCACGCCUUCCAGCAGCAGGACAUGCUGAACCUGCCGAGCCUCUCGGGCGUCGAGAUCCUGGUGCGCUACCUCGUGCAGAUCGAGAUGGCGGUGGCCCGCAACCCGCGCAGCCCGGACUUCCAGGACCUCGACGCGGUCGUGGCCUCGACGGUCAACGAGUAUGGCGGUCUCGUCCUUCCCGAGUACUCCAAGUACAUCGCUCAGAUCCAGAAGGACGAGGCCUUCACUUUGAAGCAGCAGCGGCAGUGGCGCGAGGAGCAGGUGCUGCCCCUGAACCUCUCCUCCGGCGUGCGGCGGCGGUGCAACCAGGCGAUCAUGGCUCUGAACGACCUGGACGCUCCGCUGGCGGCUGCGCGGCGCCUCGCCUCGGUUCUCCCGGCGAACGCCGCCCAAGCAUCAGUAUUGCAGCGCGUCCAUCAGCGAGUGGCCGCCUUCGGCGACCCCAUCGGCGUGGACGGUGAUGACGCGCUUUGUUCUCUCCUGAAGUCCAAGGACGUCUACAGCGGCCGGCCGACGCCUGUUCGGCCUUAUGAGCCGCGCCUCCUCAAGGUUCUCGACAGCGGCAUCUCGCCGCAGCCGAUCCGCUCGCUGGUGCCGCCCUCGCUGCUGCCGCUGAUCAACGAGCCGGAGAAGUACAUCUUUCGGUCGCAGGCGGUCCUCGACAGCAUGGUGGAGGCCGGCGAGCUCCCCCCCAUAUACCCCUACUGGGAUGCGAACCUGCGGCGGGACCCGGUCCUGCGGCUGGGCCUCUUCAAGCAGCUCAUGCGCAUUGGUCUCGUCGGUGUGCGCACGCGCUGCCGUGCCCGCGCCAGCAUCUUCUUCGUUGGCAAGAAGGACGGCUCGCUGCGCAUGGUGAUUGACGGCCGCGAGCCUUCGGCGCUGCAUCGCCGCCCGCCUCGGACCGAGCUCGGUUCGGCGGCGGCUCUCAGCGGCCUCUGCCUCGACGCGGACUUGCUGGGCCGCGACGGGCAGGGCUACCACGGGGCCAGCGCUGACCUGCGCCAGGGCUUCUACCAGAUGCAGUGGCUCGAGAUCGGCAGCUGGUUCUGCUUCGACUACCCCAUGGCCAUCCGCAACUUCGACACGGACCAGGUGUGCGACGAGGUGCACCGCCGCUUCGAGCGCGUCGACCCCGACACCGUGGUCUACCCGUGCUUCCAGGGCCUCGCCAUGGGCUGGAGCUGGUCGCUCUUCAUCUGCAACGGCAUCACCGAGGACGUCACCCGCAUCGGCAUCAGUCGGGCGCUGUCCAUCGCGCCCGAGGAGGUCAGGAUGGUCUCCGAGCGCUCCCCGUGUGCGCGCCUCGGCGCGGGCGAGCUCGCUGGGGCCUCCUACGUCGACAACGCCAACGUCGUCGGCUCGCCGCGCUGCCUGGUCGACGCGGCGCUGGAGGCUAUCCUGCUCGAGUUCGAGCGACGCGGCCUGGCCUACCACGAGGUGUGCUACGCCACGCGGGACUUCGUCUGCUGUGGAGUUCGGUUUGACUUCAGCGAGGGCCGAGCGGUGCCGCAGCGCGAGCGCGCCUGGCGGCUGCAUCGGGCGGUCACCGCUCUGAUCGACCGCCGCGGCUGCACGCCUGCGGCCAUGGAGGUUGUGCUGGGGCACGUCGUGCACCACUUCAUGCUCAUGCGACCGGCCCUCGCUAUCCUGAGCUCCUUGUACCGGGUCGUGUACGCGCCGAGCGACUACUGCCACUUCGACGCCGAGCAGCUGCGCGAGCUGGGGCUUAUCAAAGCCCUCAUCCCGCUCGCAGGUGUGGACCUCGGGGCCCCUUGGCACCCGUGGGCUUACUGCUCUGACGCCAGCCUGUGGGGCUACGCCCUGGCCACGUCGCGCUUCGAUGAGAGCGAGCUCAGGGACAUUGGCGCCUACCGCGAGCGCUGGCGUUUCGUCGCCAUCGACCGGCAUGCUGAUGACCCUGGCGAUCCGCCUGGUACCGAGGUCGCCACGCAGGCCGGCUUCACCGCGGGCAGCGACGACGCCGCCGUGUUCGCCGGGUUGGACCCCGCCGCGGCGGCGCACCCCGUCGACGUGGCGCUCAGCAGGUGCGGCUCUCACGACGCCGUUGCGUCAGGAGGGCCGCCGCUCUCUCCGGAGGCGCAGGCAGCGGCGGAGGCGCAGCUCGCCGCCGCGGCGCAGAGGGUCGAGGCCAUGCGGGGGGCGCCCAUCGGGGAGCUGACGGACCUCGGGGUGCUGGUGCCCACCUACGAGUGGGCCAGGGUGCCCGCGCUGGCAACCCUGCCGCCUGGCCUCGAGGUCUGGAUGCCCCUGGACGAGACGAAGUGUGCGAGGAUACCCUCCACGUGGCGCCUGCAGGUCAUCGCAGAGGGGCAGUGCGAUGCGUUCCGCUGCGACGUGGAGGAGCACACGCCUGUGGAAGAGGUGCAGAGGGGGGCGGCAGCCCGCUUCGGCUGGGAGGUGGAGAAUUUGGUCCUGCUCGUCGACGGCGGCCCACUGGAGUGGACGGAGAGCACCACCGUGGGCACGGCGACCUUGUUCGGGCGGAAGCUGACCGCCCGUAGGCAGGCCUGAAAGGAUCGGCCCGGGCGGCGCCCGCGCGGUGCCCUUGCCGACGCUGCCCUGUCGCCUACAAAAGAGACGUCCCCCGAGAUCCGGGCGCUGCAGGUGUUCCAACCCCGCGCGGUCUCGCCCGGCUCGGGGCCCCGGGACCAUCACGGAUCGAUCUGGCUCGAAAAAUGCCGCGAAGACUUUGGCCCUAGGGCUCGGGCCGCGAUGUUUCGCGGCGUGGCAAUGAUUU